AUGGUGGCGCCCGAGACCCGAGAGCAGCGGCCGCUCCGGCAACGCCAGCUGAGCCGGAUCCCGGCGGCACCCAGCGCGGGCGGGCGCCCGGCGCUCACCUCCCCGCGCGUCCCUCGGGGGCUCGCUCCUGACGGGGGCCCGCCCCCCGGAGCUGCCUCAGGGCAGCGGCGAAGGGCGCCGGGCGGCGCCAGCGACGGGACUAUGGGCGCCAAGCAGAGCGGCCCGGCCGCCGCCAACGGCCGCACCCGGGCGUACUCGGGCGGGGAUUUGCCCUCCGGCAGCGGCGGCGCGAACGGGGCCGGCGGGCGCUCGGCGGGGGCCGGCGGGAGAUACACGCCGCUGGCGCCUCAGGCAGCCCCCGGGGGCUCGGCGGCGGGAGCUGCGGCCGCUCCGCCCGUGGCUGCGCCCCGGAGCAGGUCCCUAGUCGGGGCGGCAGCCUCCGGGACCAGGGCCGCCCAGUCAGCCUUCAGCAUCCCCCACAGCAGCGGCCCCUACGGCUCGCAGGACUCGGUGAACAGCGCGGCCGAGGAGGGCGGCCGGGGGCGGCCCGCAGGGGGCGGAGGACACGGCGGGCCCCGGCUCGUGAUCGGCUCGCUGCCAGCGCACCUCUCACCGCACCUGUUCGGAGGAUUCAAGUGUCCUGUAUGUUCAAAGUUUGUAUCUUCAGAUGAAAUGGAUUUGCAUCUUGUGAUGUGUUUGACGAAGCCAAGGAUAACCUACAAUGAGGAUGUGCUUAGUAAAGAUGCUGGGGAGUGUGCAAUAUGCCUGGAAGAGCUGCAGCAAGGGGAUACUAUAGCACGGCUGCCUUGUCUAUGCAUAUAUCAUAAAGGCUGCAUAGAUGAGUGGUUUGAAGUAAAUAGAUCUUGUCCUGAACACCCUUCAGAUUGAGACGACAAGAUUCCUCUUUUGUAGCUUCUUACAUGGAUCAGAAAAUGUAGAGGAUUUGAGAUUCUGUCUUUGAACACAAAUUUGAGAACAUAC